UUAUUCUCUAGAAAAAGACCAAGCGCUAAAGGAAAACAUGGGACUUCUGUCAGCUUCUGGUUAUUUAGUGCUGUUUUCCUCCCUGUUCACGCAUGGAGCAUUUAAAGAUACGGAUCAGUAUGAAUCAGUCAAAGAUUUUCACUCAGACGCUGCUCUAGAGGUCCAGCCUGACGGCAGACAACACUUCAGGGGGGGAAAUUUCACCCUUCGCUGCUCAGUUAAAGGUAUUAAUUCAACAAGCUGGAUACUGAGGAGGCUUCAAGGAGCUAAAACGAGAUCUGGAUGUUUACAGUUAAAUGGCACAGAAUCUAGAGACGGGCCUGAAGAAUGUCAUUUCAUUGACAUUGACUAUAAGAACAGUGGAUUGUACUGGUGUGAGAGUCCUGCUGAAAACAAGACAAGCAACACCAUCAAUAUCACCGUGAGCUAUGACUCAAAAGAUGAAAACACAUUUACAGGAUCUUUGGUCUGGGUGUCAGGGCUUUGUAUCGUCUUGAUUCUUCUGGUGCUUCUUCCUGUGCUCUGGCUGUUGUUUCCAGGUUUCAGGGAGAAAUUGCAUGUGUGUCCAAAUAGGGCAUUCAAGAGGGAAAGAGUCAAACAGGAAAUGCCUAAAACCAAGCAGGACGUGACUGAAAUCCAGUGGGAUCUUCCCUGGAUGGAGAUGGACAAUUUGUUGGACAAGCACCAAACUCCUGGCAGCUGAACUGUCUACAUUUCAAAUGUGGAUGUUAUCAGAUACACAUAUUCUGAAGACAGAAAACAGACACUGUGCUUUAUGAAAUGAGUCACAGGUAAUAUGACAGAUGAAUAAAGAGGCCCAUCUUGCUAUUUACAGCAUAUGGAAGAGUUUUCACUCUGAAUAAUAUGUUACCAGCUUUAAAUAAGACGUCAUAGGUCUUUAAAGAAUCAUUAUAUCACCUGUUUUUAAUUACAAAAUGACAUUGAUUUGUUAUUUCUGUGUGACUCAUUCACAUAUACAGUAAAAACGUGUCCUUCUGCAAAGGAUGCAAGGCAAGCUGGCAACAAACCUUUUUUUUUUUUUUUUUUUUUGUGGUAUUAUGGUUACUGUAUAGUGCAAUGUUGACAUAUAAUAUAUUUAUUUCUUAAAAAAAGAUAAAUAAAUAAAUAGCAGUGAUGAAUCAUUCAAAACUGACUGUUAACAUUGUGACAUUUGAUAAACUGUUUAAUGUCACGUCAGUGUUACCAUCAUAAAAAUGUGCACUUACGUGUUUUGAUUGUAUUCUUUACAUACUAAUUAUUCUAGGUAUAAUAUGAUUUAUUAUGAUAUUUAACAUUAAAAUUAUACACUUUGAAAGCAAUACACUUUCAUGAAUGUGUAAGCAUGUUUUUUUUUUUAAACUAUCAUGUGAAGUCAAUGCAUUUUAAAAUGUUCAGAUUUCCAGGACAUUUUAGUGUACUUUAUUGUGAAAUGUGUUAAAAUUAUAUAUAAAUGAAUGCAUUUAAAAAAAAUUAUUCCCUCUGAUUUCAAUUUAAAGUCAGAUUCAUGUCUGUUUUAUUAGUUUUGUAAACUGCUUGAACGUAUACAUACACAAAUUAUACAGUUUAC